GUCACAGAGGAAGGCUGUGCUUCUCUGGUCUCAGCUCUGAAGUCAAACCCCUCACACCUGAGAGAGCUGGAUCUGAGUAACAAUGACCUGAAGGAUUCAGGAGUGAAGCUGCUCUCUGCUGUCCUGGGGAAUCCCCACUGUAAACUGGAGACUCUGAGGCUGACAGGCUGUCUAGUCACAGAGGAAGGCUGUGCUUCUUUGGUCUCAGCUCUGAGUUCAAACCCCUCACACCUGAGAGAGCUGGACCUGAGCUAUAAUCACCCAGGAGACUCAGGAGUCAGACUGCUCUCUGCUGGACUGGAGGAUCCACACUGCAGACUGGAGAAACUCAAGUAUGUAGAGGGCUGUCUAGUCACAGAGGAAGGCUGUGCUUCUCUGGCCUCAGCUCUGAAGUCAAACCCCUCACACCUGAGAGAGCUGGAUCUGAGUAACAAUGACCUGAAGGAUUCAGGAGUGAAGCUGCUCUCUGCUGGACUGGAGUAUCCCCACUGUAAACUGGAGACU